AUGCACCUCCCGGCCUUCGCCAACCUCUCUCUGUGCGAUGAAAUGCAGCUCGUUCUCGAAGGCGACGAAGCCUAUCCCGUCUCGUUCGCUCGCAUGCCUUUCCUUGAGUCGCUGGAAUUCAACUACAGCACUCCACGAUUUGACCGGCUGUUUCCGCCACGAGUUUCGUGCAGCCGUCUCACGCGGCUGCUUCUCAGAUGCUGCGACGAGCUCGCGCGCCUUCCUGACGACAUGGGAAAGCGACUAGCACGCUUUCGGGAUUUGAGCAUCUGCGCGUGCCGUAACUUCACUGAUCUGCCUGAUGAGUUCACUUCCCUCGGCUGCCUCCAGAAGUUGACUAUUUCUGCGGUCGAUCUGGUUAGCCUGCCUGAAAACUUUGGAAAGUUGCCCACGUUGAGGGAACUGACGCUGCAGCAGAUGCUGAUCUCAGGUCUGCCAGAAACUUUCUUCCAGCACACGUCGCUGGAGGCCUUGAAUCUGGUUGAUUGCCGUGCGAUGCUGGCAUUGCCUGCAAGAUUCGGCAGCCUCCACGCACUCAAGACCCUCUGCAUCGCCAACUCGCCGAAGCUUGUGCUUCCAGAAGACAUUGGGGGGCUCACCAACCUUCACACUCUUCAGUUCAUGCUAAAUCGCGUACAGGAGCUGCUGCCGUGCUCGAUCACGCAGCUCAAGUCAUUGACAAGCCUCGAGCUCACCCACUGCGGCAUUGAGGAACUACCUGAGGGCGUGGGGAGGCUGAGUAACUUACGUGAGCUGAGCAUUCGGUCAUGCCCUAAGAUGCAGAAGCUUCCAGAGACGGUUACCGACCUUGGCAGCCUUGAGGUUCUGCGUGUUGACAGCUGCAGCAACCUCUCUUCCAUCCCCAGCAGUUUGAGCUCCCUCAGAAGGCUGAGAGAGUUGGCCAUUGGCAAGUGCGCGCAGCUGGCUGAGGUCUCCAGAUCCCUGCCACGUUCGCUUGAGAUGCUCAGCUUGGGGAGCGUCCAGCGGCUCACCCCUCUCAGAGAGCUUCCUGCACUGCCUAGGCUGAGGUCUAUGAGCUUGAUUGGUGUUGCCCUGGUGCGUGGGUUGGUGGCUACCGUGAGUUUGACCGCUGUUGAACACCUGGAGCUGGCGCUGGCAGGCGAAGCAGAGGAGUUGCCACUCUCCCUGGCGUUCUGCCCUAACCUCCGCACCCUCGCCAUUCGAAGUGCUGCACGCUUGAAGACACUUCCCGAUGAGUUGGGAUCGGCUGUGCAGCAGCUGAGGCAGCUGUGCAUAGAGCAGCCUCCAGAACUGAGAGAGUUGCCAGACAGUUUCACCCAGCUGCACUGCCUGACCUCCUUGGAAGUGCACGCACCCAAGCUUGCUUUGCUGCCACACGGCAUUGGCGCCUUGUCCCGACUGCGCCAACUGAACUUGGCCCACUGCUCAUCGCUCACACACCUCCCUGCCUCUCUCACCCGCCUCUGCUGCCUCCACAAGCUGAACGUGGGAUACACCCCGAUCCACUCCCUGCCUGGCCACUUGGCCCAGCUGAGCCGCCUCAAAGAUAUUGACAUGGAUUCGUGCAAGCACCUGGAGUCUCUCCCUCACGAUUUCAUCCAGCUACAGAUGCUGCACAAUCUGAAUGUUUCAUGA